AUGACUUCAUCGCAGGACUCGCUCGAUCCCUCCGCCACCGCCCUCCCUGCUUCCCCUGCGCAAACUCCCCAACACGACGUGGCGGAGUCUCCGUCCUCCUUUCCUCCCCAACAAGCAGCGCAGACCCCGCCGCCCCAAGCUGCGCCAAGAGAACCCUUCCGCUCCACGCAUUCAUUCCCCCUUGUUCCUCCGCCGGUUCCGCAGGGUCCGCCGCCCCCGUACGCCUAUAUAGCGCCCUCCCCGUACUAUCACUAUCCGCCGCCGCACUAUCCUCCCCCUGGGUGGUACGACUACGGCGGAUACCCCCCGCUGGUUUUCCCCCACGCGCCAACCCCCCCGCACGAGCCCGCGCCUCACCCGCACGCGGAAAUCCCCCCACACGCGCCCGGAAGAAUCCUUCCCAAUGCCCUAGUCCCCGCCCAUGCGCCAACCCCCCCGCAUGCUCAUCUUUCCCCGCACGCGUACGUGGGGGUUCACCCGCUUGGGGGGAGCGGACGGGGGAGAGGAGGCGGAAGAGGAAGGGGGGUGGGCGGAAGAUCUAGGAGCGGAGGGGGGGAGUUACGGGGAAGGGGAGGGGAGUGGGUUGGGGGGGGAUGGGGGCCGUGGUAUGGUUGGCCCCCGCCGGAGUUUGUGGUUUAUGGGGUAAGGCGGAUGGGGGGAGCGCGCACGGGGGAAAGGGGGAUGGGGGGAGUCGAAUUGGGGGAAGGGGGAUUGGGGGAAGGGGAGCUGGGCGAUGUUGGCACAGAGGGCGUGGGGGAUGUGGGCAUGGGGGAAGGGGAGACGAGGGAGGGGCAUAUUUACGCAAUGCAAGAGCAGGAAAGGUUGCAGAGGGGGAACGAGCAGCAGAACGAGCGGGAGCUGCAGCAGGCGGAGGAAACGAAAGAGGCUGAUUUUCAAGAGGAGGAGGAGGAGGAGGAGGAGGAGGAGGAGGAGGAGGAGGAGGAGGAGGAGGAGGAGGAGGAGGAGGAGGAGGAGGAGGAGGAGGAGGAGGAGGAGGAGGAGUAG